GGCUAUAGAUCGCAUCUAUCACGCCUGUCCACUCCUUAAUUCGACUUCGUGUUUCAAUUUCACUUCUUUAUCUCAUUCCACCCAAACCACCCCAUCUUCAUAUCCAUCUCCACAAUGGCCCGCUUCAGCCUCUCCUUCCUCGUCCUCUGCCUCUUCCUGGCUAUCAUGGCAACCGCCAUGCCCAUCAAGCGCGCCGAUCCCGACGGUGCCACCGAAAUGGACUCUUCUCUCGCUGAAGAAGUCGCAGCCAAGUCCCUCCAAUCCGCCGCCAAAAUGAUGGACGAAAUGGCCGGCCAGGCCGACGAAUCCAGCCAAAAGGAUGACAAUGACACCUCCACCUCCGACAAGACCAACUCCACUCCCUCCCCCAGCACCAGCAACAACUCUACCCCAGAGACCGAAAACAAGCAGCAACCCGAGGCAGACAAUCAGGAACCCACCCCCACCACCCCCACCUCUACUGAGUCCUCGGCUGCUAGCUCUCCCCAGCCGAGCUCGUCCUCGCAUAUCGUCAACAACAACCCUUUCGCUAACUUGCCUAUUGUGGGUGGGUUGUUGAGUGGUGGUGGUGAGGGGUCUCUUGGGUCUGGACUUUUGCCUUAGAUAUAUAGCUUCUUAUUGUAUAGGAUGCUAUAGGGGUAAGGGGAAGAGGUUUAUUGUGCUGGCUCAUUUUGAUCGAAUUGUUAUGGUGUUUACGUGGGAUGACUGAUUUUCUUUCUUUUUCAUAAACCAUUA